AACUUCUAGAGCACAUUCCUUACGCGUGCAAUGUGCAAGCACAUUUUAAACGCACAAGUCUCUAUCCGUGCACCUUGCUGUCGACAAUGGUACGACUGUGCUGAAUGCCAUGCUGAAGCUCAGACACACAAGCUUGUCAAGACUACCGAGAUGGUGUUUAUGUGCAAGAACUGUCGGAAGGCAUUUCGCAAGAAUAUAACGGAGUAUGAGGAGAGUGAUGAGUUUUGCCCACAUUGCGAUAAUCAUUAUGUCAUUGAAGCAAAGAUGCCUCAGGCAGCGUUGGCAGUAGAGAUGGACGAUGCUCGGCGAGACCCUCGAAUGCUCAAAGAUGAUCGGGUACCAGCAAAAGAACGACAGCUGCCAACUGAGGAUGAGCUUGCAGAACUAUUAAAUGACUGAAGAAGCUUUCUUGAUUCAUCCACGUCGUCGACUUGUUGUCCUGCUGCUUUGCUAAUAUGUAAUACCCUGGCAUCAACUUUGAGUGUAUCGCUUCAAUUCCGUAUACGUCGAUUUGCAUGCGUCCCUUCAUUUGAUUUGAACAAGCAUCGGGCGCUGUGAGGAUUGGGACUAAAUAUCGUGUCACUCUGUCAAGCAACGACAGAGACGCAUCGGUCUUUCAAGAAAUUAAUCUACGAUCGGAUAACAUCGUAGGAUAGGAGAUGUUCUGUUGUUACCUGCGUACCACUCUUCACACUAUCACGCCAGGACAUUCGUAGGCUAAAUCUCAAUCAAAGUUCGGCUACAUGUUUGCAAAACGUCACAACUCGAUGUUAACGUCAAUUCACACGUUACCCCGCAUUGCGUCGUAUUUCCGACGUUUGGCGUUUGCCAUGCCGAAGUCGGUGUUAGUGAGCGAGCGUGAUGCAAAGCCGUUAUUUUUGACGUCCGAGUCGAUGUCCGUCUGAAAGACAAAGGCACGGCGUCCUUGUCCUGUG